AUGAUAUAUGAAAACACAACAGUGAAAGGAUUUAUCCUACUCGGGUUCUCUGAAUUCCCAGAUUCACAAGUUUUACUCUUUUUUGGCUUUCUCAUUGUUUAUUCCCUUUGUAUUUUAGAGAACACAUUUCUCAUAGCCCUUAUUUACCUUAAUUCCCAACUUCAUACUCCUAUGUAUUUCUUCAUUUGUAACUUGUCCUUUUUAGAUAUUUGCCUGACCACCCUCAUCCAUCCAAAAUUCUUGCUGACAUUCCUGAAUAUGAGAUCAAUAUCCUUCCAUGAAUGUAUGGGGCAGCUUUAUCUUUACAUUGCUUUACAAAGCUUGGAGUAUCUUCUGUUGACUGUCAUGUCCUAUGAUCGCUAUGUGGCAAUCUGUAAUCCACUCCAUUAUAAUAUUAUAUUGAAUAAGAAGAGCUGUGUACUUCUAUCUGCUGUUACCUGGAUGAUCAGUUUAGUCGAUCCAGCUCCCAUUAUGCGAUUGGUCACCAAGUUGCCUUUCUGCAAGUCACAUAAGAUUGAUCACCUUUUUUGUGAUUCUGUUCCAUUAUUGAAACUCUCCUGUGGAAGUAUUUUUGGAGUGGGAGUUGUUAUAGCUAUUGAGGGUAUAUUUUUAACAUUACCAGCCUUCUUACUUACUGUAUCUUCUUAUAUCUCAAUCAUUUCUGUUAUUCUGAAGAUCCAGUCAGCCAAAGGAAGACUAAAAGCAUUCUCUACCUGCUCAUCCCACCUCACCGUUGUAACUAUGCUCUAUUUGACCCUCACCUGUAUUUAUUUUGUGCCUCCAUCUAAUAAUACAUCUGUUAAUAACUCUAAAGCAGUCUCUCUGUUAAACAUUGUUGUUAUCCCAAUGCUAAAUCCUCUAUUAUACAGUCUCCGGAACAAAGACGUAAAAAAUGCAUUUCUUCGACUUGUAAAACAAACAAAAAAUUUCAUAUAA